AUGAAGCAUGGCUAUAAGAGGGUGUGUGUGAGUGUGUAUAUGAGCUCUGACAACAGUAGUGAUACUGUGCAGUUUAACAGCAGCAGAAGCAGCAGCAGAGGGAGAAUGGUCAGACAUAUGUUCUCUAAUCUCCUGCUAGUCUGGUCAUUCAGCCAUGACAUUUAUAUAACUGGACUGACACAUGAUGAUCCAAAGGAGCAGUCCUGGAACAACCAGAACCUCUUUUCUGUCCCUCUGGAUUUGGAUAUAAGCCUCAGAAGACUAGACCUGUCCAAUAACUUCAUCAGACAGUUGCACACACUUGUUUUGCCAUACUUGGAGCAGCUGGACCUGAGCUCCAACCAGCUGGAUCUCAUCUCCGAGGGGGCUUUUGAAAACCUGGCUCAACUUGAAGAGCUGAAUUUGUCCAGAAAUGCACUGAACAACAACCUUGGCAGUAACAGCAAAGCUCUCCAAUCCAUCAGUAGACUGAAGAGUUUGGACAUAUCAAUGAAUGGUCUGAGUGAUGAUGAGGUGGAGCUGUACCUUCGAAACAAAUAUUCUCUUGAUCAACUUAAGAUGACUGGUAAUGCAUUGACAAGACUUUCACACAGCUUGUUCAAAGAAAGUAAAAGUUUGAAGGCCAUAACUAUUGAUGACAAUCUGAUAUCGGUGAUAGAACAGGGAACGUUUGAACCAUUGAGCCAAUUAGAGAUGCUAAACUUGGCCAAAAAUAACCUUGCACAUAUCUGUGAUUUUAAAUUACAUCAACUUAAAUAUCUAAAUCUUAGUCAAAAUUCACUGGAGUUUUUUGUUACACGUGAGGAUGACCAGUUGUACAGGCUUGAAAUUCUUGAUUUGAGUUUCAACAAACUCCUUUAUUUCCCAGUUGUCCCAAAGAUGAAUCGUAUGAGGUAUCUUUAUUUACAGAAUAACAUGGUUGGUGCCUUAAAUUCGGAAGCUACAAUGGUAUCAGAGGCCAAUUCUCUUUACAAUGAGAUUAUAAAUGAGAAAAUAGUUAGAAAAAAUAACCUGCAUUCAACCUGGAGGCACAUGCCACUGAUUUAUAUUGACCUGAGCUACAACCACUUCAGGUCUUUCCCACUGGAGACUUUGAGCCUUCUCUCGUCUUUAGAAACACUAAAUUUCAGUUACAACUGUCUGCAGAGCAUUAUCUGGAAUAUUAGGAAUUAUAGUGAUUCAGGAGACCGUCGGCAGCUUUUCUUUCCCUCCUUAAAACACCUCGAUUUGCAAAGCAACGGACUUGGAAAUAUUUCCCCGCUCUUUCUCAAUGCACUCCAACAAAUAGAUACACUAAAUCUACAAGAAAAUUCUGUGCAGCCUUGUGCUCUCAUGGACCAUUUGAGAAACUCUCAAUCAAUUCAGCAAAUAAAUCUCAACACAUCCUGUGUUGCCUUCGGGCAGUUAAAGACUCUUAAACACCUCAGUCUUAAUGAAAACAAUAUAAAGAUACUCCAUCCAAACACAUUUCAGGGAACCUCGUUGGUUUCCCUCGAUCUUUCAAGAAAUUCACACAUGGUGAUGCAUGUGAGUGCACUAGAGGGUGUGCAGAAGACUCUCCAGUCCUUGAUUAUCAGUGAAAUGAACAUGAGCAGCUCUGAUCUGUCUUUACCCUGUAUGACAGCAUUAACUCAGCUGAACUUAUCAAACAACCAUCUUGAUAUCAUACCCAGCACUUUAAGCUGCUCUCCUCUGAGUGAAAUAGAUUUAAGAAAUAAUCAUUUUGUGUCUUUCAACCAUUCUUUGAUCCAGGCUCUAUCUGUACACCUUGAUCUCAUGUAUGUUAGUGGCAAUUAUUUUAACUGCUGUGAGAGUAAAUGGCUGACAGUCCUAAAUGAGUCGAAAAUAAAACUGCCUGAUAUCAGUAACACUGAAUGUUUCACAAGUGAAAGCAACAUUUUGAUGACAGAGUAUGUGAAAAGCUCUUCUGAGUAUUGUUUGUUUCGCAGAAAAGCCCAGGAAGUUCACUUCGGACAAAUGUUCAUCAUUGUUUUGUUUGUAUUUGUACUAUUAACAGUCUUCAUCAUAUUCACCAAGAAGCUGUGUUGCACACAAAGAUCAUUUAUUGUGUGAUAUCUAAAAUCUGUUGUCCUUGGUUUAUUCAGUUCAUUUCUUAACAUAUAGGUUACAUAAAGUAAGAAAGCCAAAUACAGCCAGUGAGAGACUGGAGAGCAGACUAUGGUAACUGAAGCAUAGUUCCUGUGUGUUUCACCUUGCAUGACGCAUUUACAGAAGUGCGGCUUAAUGGCUGCUCAGGCUGUAAAAACUAACACUUUCAGUGAAAUAAAUGCAGUAAUGGCUUCAUUAUCACACAGAUGCAUCUAUUCUCACUCUGUUCAAGCUCUCCCUUGUGACUCGCACAUCACAUUACAAGUUUGUCAGACAUGUAUCACGCUGUGUGACCUGUGUAGCUAAGAUGUUGUGAUAGGAAUUGGCUUUAUCAACUCCCAAGCUGUUUGGUUACACUGUGUGCCAAAUGACUGAUCAGGCAGAGAAUUUUUUUGCCCAUCCUUCAUUGUGAAAUGAUGUGAAAUUUGUUUGCAACUAAAAGUUUAACCUUGGCUCUAAUUUUUAUGACGUCGGUAAAGCCUUGCACAACAUUCCCAGAAUUGAGACUGACCUCCUCAAAAAUUUAAUACAACGCCAAUAAGAAAACACGUGAGAGUUUCUGUAUAAACAUAUCUUUUUAAAAACAUUUAAAUACAUAUUUCUUAUUUGACAGAGUUUAUCCGAGAUCCAUUUUAAUAUGUAUCACUCUCUGCAACUGUCUGUGUUUUGCAUUGUGUAAUUUAUGUGGCUCUGACCCUGGGAGACUGUUAUCAAAUACAGUGGUAAA